CGCGUACUCACUUUGGACUGAAGGGUGCUUUCAACUUUUUUUUUCCUCUCUCUUCGUAUUUGCCGCGCGUCACUUUUUCAAUCCUCUCUACUUUUGUUUUUUCGAUACCACUAGAAAGGAAUUUACAUAACCAAUCAUGUCGAUUAUGCAAUAUAAUGGUGGGUCCGUUGUGGCCAUGAAUGGAAAGAACUGUGUGGCUAUUGCUGCAGACAAGCGUCUAGGUCAACAGUUCAUGACCGUAUCGACUGAAUUCCAAAAGAUGUUUCAAGGAACCGAGAAAACGUUCAUUGGUCUUCCAGGAUUGGCAACCGAUGUCCUGACAUUGGCUGAACGCUUCCGAUUCAAGAUCAAUAUGUACAAGAUGCGCGAAGAAAGAGAUAUUGAGCCAAAGACAUUAGCACACAUGGUUUCAUCCACACUUUACGAGCGACGAUUUGGACCGUAUUUUGUGGAGCCCGUGGUUGCGGGUUUGGACAAGAACAACGAGCCAUUUAUAUGCUCGAUGGAUCUGAUUGGCUGUAUCAACUUUGCCAAGGACUUUGUUGUGAGCGGCACAGCAGGACCUAAUCUGUAUGGCAUGUGCGAGUCGUUGUGGGAGCCUGAUCUAGAGCCCGAGGAUCUGUUUGAGACGAUUUCGCAGGCGCUGCUGAAUGCACAGGACCGAGACGCAUUAUCUGGCUGGGGUGCUGUAGUCCAUAUCAUAACACCGGAUAAAAUUGUUACGAGAACCCUGAAAGCACGACAGGACUAAGAGAACAUGACAAGGAGAAAGAGCUCUUUUCCUGGCUUACAAUAACAAUAAUAAAACAACAAAAACA